AUGGUGUUGGAACUAAAUGCCUCUGAUGACAGAGGUAUAGACGUUGUUCGUAACAGAAUCAAGGAUUUUGCAAGCACAAUGCAGAUCUUCAGCCGUGGUUUCAAGCUUAUUAUAUUGGAUGAAGCAGAUGCCAUGACAGCAGUGGCCCAAAACUCGUUGCGCCGAAUCAUCGAGAGAUACACAAAGAACACUCGAUUUUGUAUUUUGGCUAAUUACUCACAUAAAUUGAACCCAGCGUUACUUUCGAGAUGCACGCGAUUCCGGUUCAACCCCAUCUCUGAAGAGGCCAUUCGAGAUCGCGUGCAGAAUGUGAUCCAGCAAGAGAAGUUGAAUAUUACACCAGAAGCCGAGCUGGCUCUUCUUUCGUUAUCCAAAGGAGAUAUGAGAAGGGCACUCAACGUGUUACAAGCUUGCAAAGCUGCGUUAGAAAACCCAGAAGAUCAAGUUGACAUCGACAUGAUCUACGAGUGUAUUGGUGCGCCACAUCCUCAAGACAUCGAAGCUGUUUUGGAUCUGGUAUUGAAGGAUGACUGGACGACAUGCAUCUUGACAUUUGACCGCUACAAGAAAUCGAAGGGAUUGGCUUUAGUGGACCUUGUUCUGGGGUUCGUGGAGAUCUUGUCUAAAUACGAUUUGAAACCUGCUACCAGAGUCAAGAUAUUGAAAGGCUUGUCAGACAUCGAGUACGGUAUCUCAAAAGGUGGAAACGACAAGAUCCAAACGAGCGCUGUAGUGGCUGUCAUCAAGUCUGCGAUGGAAAGCCAGGCCUAA